AUGGCUCCUCCACCACCACCUCCGCCUCCACCUCCACCUCCACCACCUCCUCAAUAUAUACCACCACCUCCUCCUCCGCCACCGCCACCGCCUCCGCCACCGCCUCCGCCUCCUCAAUAUAUACCACCACCUGCACCCCCACCACCUCCACCGCCACCUCCUCCGCCACCUCCUCCGCCUCCUCCGCCACCGCCUCCGCCACCGCCUCCGCCUCCUCAAUAUAUACCACCACCUGCACCCCCACCACCUCCACCGCCACCUCCUCCACCACCACCACCACCACCGCCACCUCCUCCGCCUCCACCUCCACCCCCUCCUCCUAAAUAUAUACCGCCGCCUCCUUUGGGUGGUCUUUUGAAUCUUCCAAUGGGCGUGGUAAAGUUAAGCGGUCCAGUUGGUGGCUCAACUUUGACGACUGCCUCAAGUUCGGCCAGUGCUAGUGCAUCUAGCGGAACGUUUAUUGGGCAGCAGAACUACCCGAGCCAAUCUUCCGUCUCCAUUCCUGCUACAUCAAACUACAAUCCUAUAGGCCCGACCGUGAGUUAUCCUUCUUCUACACCAGGAUAUCCCUCUGUAACACCAGGCUAUCCCUCAGCUACUCCGGGAUAUCCCUCUGUAACACCAGGAUAUCCCUCAACUACUCCGGGAUAUCCCUCUGUAACACCAGGAUAUCCCUCGUUUACCCCAGGAUAUCCUUCUGUAACACCAGGAUAUCCUUCAUCUACGCCUUUACUUCCCUCACCUACAGCAGGAUAUCGUUAA